CGCCUGCGCACUUUUUAUUCUGUGCCUACUUGGGAGUUGGGGGAAGGUAGAUAUAUAAAGAUCGGUUUCUCUAUUCUCUCACUUGCUCUUGACUCACUUUGUGGGAAGUCAUGUCUGGACGUGGUAAGGGCGGGAAAGGUUUGGGUAAGGGGGGUGCCAAGCGCCAUCGUAAGGUGUUGCGUGACAACAUCCAGGGCAUCACCAAGCCGGCCAUCCGGCGUCUUGCUCGGCGUGGCGGGGUCAAGCGGAUAUCUGGUCUGAUCUACGAGGAGACUCGAGGGGUGCUCAAGGUGUUCUUGGAGAACGUGAUCCGUGACGCUGUCACCUAUACGGAACACGCCAAGCGUAAGACGGUCACUGCCAUGGACGUGGUCUACGCGCUCAAGCGCCAGGGACGCACCCUUUACGGCUUUGGCGGCUGAGGUUGCCGAUUUCUCCACAGCUUGCAUUUCUAGACAAAAGGCCCUUUUCAGGGCCGCCCAACUAAACAAAAGAAGAGCUGUAUCCGCUAACCCAAAAAGCUCAGUGUAUGAUUAACAUGAAUGAUACUGAGCUGACAACCCAGGCAGCAAAGAUUAUGGGAAUUUAGUCCCCUCCACUCACUAGAUACGGGUAGGGGACUCUGAAAAAUGAAUGGAAAAAAAACCAAGUAGUGAUAAGAAUUUGUAUUAGUUUCCAAGGAACAAAGAGAAUCGCUGCCCAAUCAGUGAGCGU